CCCCCUCCCUCCCUCCCGCCUCUUCCCCUCACGUAUAAAUAGGAGCCGGAGCGCAGCCUUGUUGUCACUCACACACUCAACCGAGAGCAGGAUGAGGUCCCUCAAGCACCUGAAGCAUCACAGCAGGAGGAGUGUGGAGGAGGCGAGCCGGCGCCUGGGUAGAUGUGAGCCCAAGGUGAUGGCCAGGCUGGUGGACGCAGGCACACAGACAGACCCCGUCGUAGUGCUGUCCUUGGCCCAGGCCGCCGUGCUAGGUCUCAUCUCCCAGAAUGAAGUGUUUGGCGCCACCAUCGCCCCCAACGGCUUCUACACCGGCGAGCCCAAGGAGUCCCCCGCGCCACCAGUAGACGGAGUGGACUACGAGUACGCCGACCAGCUGAUCGGAGCCAACGGAGACUACCUGGGGGACACCUUGGGAGAGGACGGCCACAUGCAGCCCAGCUGCAGCCAGCGCCGCUGGCAACAGGGGCACCCCCAGCACCCCGACAGCAAGAUGGUGGGCCCCGACCGCCACGGCGUCCCGGGCGACGGGCCCUCGUCGCACGUCAAGGGGGAGGGCGUGGCCUCGGCCAUGAACUCCUGCGUCCACAUGCUGAACAGCAUGGCGCCGCGCGGCGGGCUGGUGCAGGUGGACCCCGCCUCCCUGCGCUCCAGCAAGAGCUGCAGCGAGUGUGACCGGGACGCGCCCGGCCCGCCGCCGCAGCAGCAGGCCAACGCCCACGUGCACGGCCCCCCGCCGCAGGGGGGCCACAGAGGAGGUGCGGGAGGAGGAGGAGGAGGCGUCGGCGGUCCCGGGGGUCCCGGGGAGCAGGGCCACAGAGGAGUCGGCGGGCCGCGCGGCAUGGGGCCCCACGGGCGAGGAGGUGGAGGUGGUGGAGGCGGGGGGGUGGUGCGGGAGGUGGAGGAGGACUCCCCGGGCAACAGCAUGAUGAAGGCCAGCCAGCAGGACGAGGCCAUCAGCAGCUACUUCCAGACCAGCGAGGUGGGCAGCUACGACUCCGGGGACAUGGGCAUGGGGGGCGACUACGAGGACAGCGGCCAGGGGAUGAUGUGGGCGGACGGCGGGGGAGGGGCGGCCGAGGGGUGGGAGGAGGCGGCGGCGGCGGCGGCGGCGGGCCCGGAGGGGCGGCGCCGGCCACGACGGCGCCAGGCGCGGGGCCCCACGCACAGCACCAGCACCCGCCGCCCCCCCCGCCGCCACGGCGGCCGGCGCGUGGACCGCCUGGACAUCAACAUCCAGAUCGACGAGUCGUACUGCGUGGACGUGGGCGACGGCCUCAAGCGCUGGAAGUGCCGCAUGUGCGACAAGUCGUACACGUCCAAGUACAACCUGGUCACGCACAUCCUGGGCCACAACGGCAUCAAGCCGCACCCCUGCCCCCAGUGCGGCAAGCUCUUCAAGCAGCCCAGCCACCUGCAGACGCACCUGCUCACCCACCAGGGCACGCGGCCCCACAAGUGCACCGUGUGCAAGAAGGGCUUCACGCAGACCAGCCACCUGAAGCGCCACAUGCUGCAGCACACCGACGUCAAGCCCUACAGCUGCCGCUUCUGCCGCCGCGGCUUCGCCUACCCCAGCGAGCUGCGGGCCCACGAGGCCAAGCACGAGCGCGGCCGCUGCCACGUGUGCUCCCAGUGCGGCAUGGAGUUCCCCACGUACGCCCACCUCAAGCGCCACCAGACCAGCCACCAGGGCCCCCACACCUUCCAGUGCACCGAGUGCAACAAGUCGUUCGCCUACCGCAGCCAGCUGCAGAACCACCUGCUGAAGCACCAGAGCCCGCGGCCGUACACCUGCUCGCAGUGCGGCCUGGAGUUUGUGCAGCUCCACCACCUGCGGCAGCACUCGCUCACGCAUAAGGGGAUGAAGGGACACAAGUGUGACGUGUGCUCCCGUGAGUUCACGCUGUCCGCCAACCUGAAGCGCCACAUGCUGAUCCACAACAGCAUCCGACCCUUCCAGUGCCACGUCUGCUUCAAGAGCUUCAUCCAGAAGCAGACCCUUAAAACCCACAUGAUCGUACACCUGCCCGUCAAACCCUUCAAGUGCAAGGUGUGCGGUAAGUCUUUCAACCGAAUGUACAACCUGCUGGGCCACAUGCACCUCCACGCGGGCAGCAAGCCCUUUAAAUGCCCGUACUGCACCAGUAAGUUCAACCUGAAGGGCAACCUGAGUCGCCACAUGAAGGUCAAGCACGGCAUGGACGUCUCCCCCGAGGGACAAGAAGGUCUUCCCGAGAUGGAGGGCCAGUCCGAUUACGAAGGUCAAAACUUCAACUUCACGUCGCCCGACAAUAUGGACAACGGUGGCUCCCAAAACCUCACUAAACUCACAACAGCAAAUAUGGACGAUAUGGAGGAGUAUUACAACUUUGGGAAGGAUACCAGCAGCUACACUACACCAUGAAUGGUGACAAUAUAGAGAAACUCUUGGUUGUGUUUUUCUUUUUUUCUUCUUCCUAGGCAGAAAAAAGUACUAAAAUUGCUGUCUGGGUGCGUUGAAAGAAACUGGAGUGCUUUUAUUUUAUUUUUUUGCCAUUUUGGCACCAAGGAGCCAGAACAGUCGAACUCUGAAGCCAAGACGGUGAUGCACUUGGACUAAGACCUUGUUUUAACUUGAGCGCUCGUAGCAGCGUCUCAGAGACUGUCGACGCUGUCGGCCCCUUGAGCUCCUUCUUGGAACUACCGCUCUUUACUGACUCAACAAAAAAAAGAAAAAAACAUUUGAGCGGAAUCGCCAAAUCUCUAUGUUGUGUGUAUGUGUCAGUUAUUUAACAAACAAAAAAGAAAAAGAGAGCGCAGCCAUCGCGGUUUCAUUUGAUGUGCUAGAGUUUUGUUUACCAUUACAUAAUUCACAGGAGAGAAAAAAAAAAGUAAGCCCUUAUAUAUUUUUACUGAAAGUGCCAGAUGGAUACGUUUGCAACUGAACUUUCAUCGUGCCGGGUCUAUUUACUCACUGUAUAUCGAGCGUUUGAUACAUAGUCACAACAUAUUGAUAGGUUUCAAUAUACAUACUAAACAAUUCUAAUAGUGGGGACCUGUUCCUAGCCAAUCUUCGGUCAGAACAAAUUGGUAUUUAAAGUGUGUGUGUGUGUGUGUGUGUGUGUGUGUGUGUGUGUGUGUGUGUGUGUGUGUGUGUGUGUGUGUGAGUGAGAGAGAGAGUGUGUGUGAGAGAUACCUGAGCAAGAUGGGCCCCAGACCUAUUGGUCUGUGUGGGAUCUGUUGUUUGACUGACCCCUCAGUGGCCCCAUUGCUUUAACAACAAUAUGGGAUUAGAGACAGAGGUCUGGUAGGGAGGAAGAGGAGCACAGGAUAAAGGUGAAUACACAUCAAUUGUUUGAUCAACUCCUUAAGAGCAGAGGGAUGCAGACAGAUGUUUGGCAGGGAGCGGGAUCAAUCGGCAGGGGAAAGGUGUCAUCAACUAACUAACCGUAUGGGUUAGAGACAGGGCUCUGGCAGGGGGGGGGAUGAAAACAGAACGAGGCGAAACAAUAUCGAAAGUUUGAGCGAUUUCUCAGCAAAUGCUUGAAGAAUGCCUCUUCCCAGGUCUCUUGACCCUCGGUUAUGUGCUGUAUGAUGCCUUAGAAAGACGACAAGAACAAUACUGAAUGAUUUGUCCAUUUGUGUAUUUUAACCACCUCCGCAGUCUUGUCUUUUGUCAUGCCACUGUAGAACACUUGGGGCAGCAGUACCAGGCUUUCUGUGUGUGUGUGUGUGUGUGUGUGUGUGUGUGUGUGAGAGACACAUCUUGUGAGCGGAUUUCUCCCGAGAACACUUAAUUCCAAAGUUGCGACAUCAUCGCGUGGGCAAGCUGUGACUGAGCAACGGUUAAGCCCUCUGACUGUACAUACGAUUCUGCAGUGUUUAGUGUGUUAAUCCACCAUUUUCUUUUUCUCAUUCACAACAUUUGCAUUACAUGACUCACCUGUAGUGGACAUACUUGUUUUUAGAACUGAAUAGUUAUCCAGUGAACAGUACAAUGCACUUUUCAUGAAAGGUUUCAGUUUUCUCUGAAGGCUGUCUUAAAUUAGUAAGAAACAAAAAAAAAAGAGAGAAAGAGAAAUGAAAACCGUAUCUGCCUCAAGGAGUCGAGGACAAGAGACACAACAGUCUAAAAGCUUCCAGGCAACCAUGACGGCAAUAUUAUUUAACAGAAACAGAUAUGCCUUUUGUGUUUUGUUUGUUACGUAUACUGCAGUUUCAUUGACAUGGAAAUUAGAUGGUUGUCAAUUCAAAUUAGGAAUCGCAGAGAAAAAAGGUAUUUUGAGCGGAGAAUCAGCUGUAGGUUUAUUGUUACUUGUAGUUUCAGUUAAAUUCAGUGCUGCCUUCACGUCACUUUCACUUGAAUCAAUUCGGUAUUUUCUUUUGCCAACGAACAGGGCAGGAACAAACAUGAUUGGGGGGGUUUAUAUAGGCAUACAUUGGUGUGAGGAUGUAACCUCGUCCCCGGCGUUCUCAUCUCCGUGGUGAUGUCGUCUACACAAAGUAGUGUAGACUGGUUUUUGGACGGUUCCUGCCACCUGUUUAUUGAACUGAUUGAAUUGAAAGCCAAUAGAUGGCGCUGGUGCUGUGGUUCAUAGUUAUUGUUUUGGGGGAAGUGGGCGCCCCCCUGACCUGCCAUGCAGGUCAGCCUUGGUAUGCACACUAAAGACCAACGCUGAGACGCUCUGCUGGUUCAUUUUCAUUAUGGAAUGAGAAAUAUCAAACUGAGGCCUCAUGGACAACCAUGGUUUAUGUAAUAAAGGUUCUCUAGUUUAAAUGACGAGGGCUUGUGUUUCUUUUUCGGCAAACUAACACUGCGGGCUGCAUGAGGCAACAGGGUGGACAUCAUACAUGCAACACAAACAUUAUCAACAGUCAAAGCAUUUGAUGGGAGCAAAUGUUUACAAAUACAUAGCUUUCAUUGGGUGAUUUACUAUUAUACUAUUUAAUGUUUUAGUUAUACUCAAAGCUAGGCUAGGAAAUUGUCUGCAUUUUCAUCCAUAUUUGGAUUAGUGUCAAAAAUCAUCCAAGACGUUAACAAUAAAGACUAGUGAAUAUC